AUGGCGACCCUUAUUAGAACUACGUUUGUAAAGGUGAUCACCCCUGCUCACGGUGGAAAAAUCGCUGGAUGUACCAUUAUACAGAACAGGAGUAUAAUGGGCAAGGCUCUUCGAGAGUCUCUGCCGCCCCGACCCCCUAAACCCGCACCAUUCGACUAUGUCAACAAAGACUAUAGCUGGUUACGUAGCUUAUUCGAUCGUACAACCCAUAGAUUUGAUGAAAAUACAAAGGUUUUAGUAGUCGAGGGGCCAGUAGCUGCAGGAAAAACUAAAUUCGCAGCCGCCCUCGCUGAGGAUCUCGGUAUGAAACAUUUUCCGGAGGCCAACAUGGAUAUUCAUUACAUCAGACCGAACGGAAUCGACCUUCGUAUGUUUGAUAAAGAUAUCCCUGAAGACACCAGAACCUUCGACCAUGUGAACUUCAACUGUCACCCUAAUCACCGUUUGGCUGGCAAUUUCCAGAUCAUGAUGUACAUGGCUCGUUACGGCCAGUAUAUUGAUGCUCUCGCUCAUCUUUUCAACACCGGCCAAGGUGUUGUCCUUGAAAGGUCACCAUACUCUGAUUUUGUGUUUCUAGAAGCUAUGUUCUCCCAAAAAUAUAUCAGCAGAGGCAUCAAGUCUGUUUAUUACGAGCUCAGAAACAACACUAUCGAGGAACUUAUGAGACCACAUCUAGUUAUCUAUCUCGAUGUGCCGGUUGAUAAGGUAAGCGAAGCUAUCAAGAAACGUGGGCUCAAACAUGAAGUUGACGGUAAAGCCUUAACGCCUGCAUUCCUCACUGAAAUGGAGCAUCAGUAUAAGAACAAAUAUCUGAGGGACAUUUCCACCCACGCUGAACUUUUGGUUUACGACUGGACCGGAGGUGGUGAUGUUGAAGUGGUUGUGGAAGACAUUGAACGUCUGGACUUUGACAAGUAUACCGAGAGAGAGGAGCCCAAAAUGAAGGACUGGAGGCUCCCGAGGGAGGUUGAGUGGGCCGACCAGCGGCAAGUAUACACCAACAACAAACACUACUUGAUGAACCUGUUUAACAUACCGAGGACUGAUGUACCAGAGUUGAUUACACAGGCUGAUGACGGUUACUUGAGGGAUAAGGUAAUCUAUGAUCACCCAGCCUUCCAAUACACAGUAGGUUACUCCGCAAAGGACCAGGGACUACUUUUCAAGAACAAAGUCCCUAAAUACCAUGAAUUUGUCUAA